AUGGUCGGGCAAACGAGGAACAAGCUCAAAGAAGCGGCCUCAGAGCCGUCGUACUCUCUCCGCUCCACGCAGUCUAAGCAGCGGCGGCGCCGGGCCACCGGAGCCGGAGAGCCGGAGUUGGACGAGGAGCCGAAGGGGAAGGUGAAAAAGACGGAGCUGCCUUUGCCCGCACGCGGGGGGAACCUGCCAGGGGGCGCCCGGAAGUACUCGCCGCGGAGGACCCGAAACCUGAACGCGCAGAAUUGCCUGCAAAUGGAAGUGGUCGGAAGGACCGUUCUUCUCGGCCGCUUUCAAUUCCUCAGAUGUUUCAUGGAGCAGCUCCGCGAUAAGGUGCAUCUAUUGCGGAGAUAUCAGUUCACGGGCAGUAUGACCCUCAGCAUAGCUGUCUUUGUGGCAAUUUUGCACUGGAUACAUUUAAUAACACUUUUUGAAAAUGAUCGUCAUUUUUCUCACCUCUCAUCCUUGGAACGGGAGAUGACUUUUCGCACUGAAAUGGGACUUUAUUAUUCCUACUUCAAAACCAUUAUCGAAGCACCUUCAUUUUUGGAAGGACUAUGGAUGAUUAUGAAUGACAAGCUUACUGAAUAUCCCCUUGCAAUUAAUACAGUGAAACGCUUCCAUCUUUAUCCAGAGGUGAUUAUAGCCUUCUGGUAUCGCACAUUUAUGGGAAUAAUGAAUUUAUUUGGGCUGGAAACAAAGACCUGCUGGAAUGUGACGAGAGUAGAACCUCUAAAUGAAGUUCAAAGCUGUGAAGGCAUGUUUCUUCCUAAAAUGCUGUUACGAGGCCCCCGCGAUCAGCUUUCCCGGCCCUCGCCUAUUGCGGGGGUCUCCACUCCUCUCCCUCCGUCCCGGGCGCGCGCGCCUUCCGAGGACCCGGGCAACGAUGAGCCAUGCCUCCCGGAGUCCCACACCCCACCUGUCCCGGCGCCGUCGGAAGAGCCGGGUCAGCCCGCUGCCACCGUCCCCGCCGCCGCCUCCAGCGAAGGAGCCGGGCAGAGCGCGCGGGCCACGGGACUUACCGAGAGGCGAGCGCCGCCGUCGGGGGAGGGCGUGUCCCGCACGUGGGUGUCCGCGCGUGUCCGCGCCCGCGUGUGCCCGCGCGCGUGCCUGGCCGUGGGCGCCGAGCCGGGCAGCACUGAGUCCCUGGGCGCCGACGGGCUCAGCCCAUGGUGUGGGCGCCGGCCUCCGGGAGGUUCUGGCUCCCGCCAAUCGCCGAGCAGGGCUGCCGCCCCGACGCGCAGCUCGAGAUCCGGGAGUGCACGCCGGGGGCGGGGCGGGGCGCGGGGGCGUGAGUGGCCCGGGGCGCGGGGGUGCGCGCGCGCGCGCGUCCAAGUGCGCGUGGGUAUGCGGGCGCGCGUGGCCGUGAGCGCGCCCUCGGGCCGGGGAGCGCGGGCGGCGCGGGCAGGUCUGGACCCCGCUUGGCUUUAG